CUUAACAAGAAAUUCAGCCUCACAGAUUUCUCCCCGUGAGCAUGACGAAUGGAAAAGUCAACAGCCCCUUAUAACACAAGUUCCUUGUCUUUAUGACUGUCCUGUACAUAUAUGCCUUAUCAUUCAGUUAUCGUCUUUCCCCUUUCUUAUUGGCUUGCGUUCGUUUGGCUUUCAAAACAGUUCAGAACUUCAACUUGUUAAGUGCCAGUGACUUGCACUGUGAGAGGAGUGCUCACUGUUCAAGGUCCAGGCAGAUAACGAGAGGUGAGUGGCUGACGCAGAGCAGUGUUAUGUUACAAGAGGCUCAUAUCAGAUUACCAUCGAGAGCAGGUUGGGUGAAACGCUAGCACUAUCCCGAUCGCCGUCGAUCAAACGACAACAACAACUGGAACAUAAAAACUGGACAACUCUGAAACAAGUAUUUAAAGUUACUCCUUUUACGGAAAGCGUUUCAUGUUUUUUUGUUGAGAGAAAAGCGUUGCCAUGGAUCUAAAGGUAGGGCAAUGUGUGCUCUUCCUGGUGUUGUCGUGCGGACUUGUUCAGGCUUCCUCGGCGUUCGUGUUUUGGUCUGCCUUGUUGGAAAUAAGCUACCUGGACAUCCAAACCAAUUUGACCAUAAAGCGUUACUGUGAGUGUGGUGUGUAUGGCCGCAACUCCCCCCUGGAGGGGGCUUCCGGACGUCUGAUGAUGCCUAUUCAAGACCCAACGGGCUGCGGUGGGCUCCCUAUCUACAGCCGCAACAACAGCAUACCCCCCUGGAUAGCCCUCGUCAAGAGGGGCAACUGCACCUUCAGCGAAAAGAUAAAUGGGGCCCAGGCAGAAGGGGCUGCUGCCAUUGUGGUGUACAACGUGGAGGGGACCAGGAACGAAACCAUGCACAUGUCCCACCCAGAUGCCCCUGGGAUGGUGGCCAUCAUGAUCGGAAAUGGGAUAGGGCUGGAGAUCACCAAACUGGUCAAUAUGGGAAUCCCUAUAGAAAUGGUUAUUGACUUGGGUAAUCCUCACGGCCCCUGGGUGGACACCUACUGGCUCUACUUCCUGUCCGUCGCCUUCUUUAUCGUGACAGCGGCGUCCAUUGGCUAUUUUGUGUUUAUUUCUGCCCAUCGGCUCGUCAACCUGCGGAUGCAGAGGCGCUCCGAUGACAGGCUUAAGAAGGACGCCAAGAAGGCCAUCAAGCAGCUGGUGGUGCGCACGGUCAAGAGGGGCGACCCGGAGACGGGGUUGGACGCUCAGACGUGCGCUGUGUGCAUCGAAUCCUACAAGGCGGGGGACGUGAUCACUGUUCUGACGUGCGGUCACAUCUUCCACAAGGCGUGCAUCGAACCCUGGCUCCUGGAGAAAAGGACCUGCCCCAUGUGCAAGUGCGACAUCCUCAAGGCUCUUGGGGUCGAAAAUGAGGACGAAAAGAACGAGGUCAGCAACACCUACUCGUAUCCGCCACCAGAUGUCACUGUGAUCACGGUGUCCGGAGGGGAGCCCCUGUAUGAGGUGCCACUGACCGGCCCACAAACCCCCGAGCCACAGGAACAUCAGCACCGCUACGUCAACGACGCAUUUGAGGAAGACGCACAGGAUAGGCGUGGAUGAGGUUGAGCAUGGCCACUUCUGUACUUAAAUGCAGGGUCACGUUUCUCUUGAAAGUGGACUAACUCAAUUUCUCUUGGAUUGAUUGGACAUGCCUGGUUCAUUAAAAUCAAUUUGAUUUUGUCUACAAACCCCUCAGGAAUCGAUCAACUAAUGCAAACACAAGAUUUUCCAUGUGUUCAAGGAUUGUAUUGCUAAUGAUUUAUGCUAGGCCUCCUGCUGCACUUUUUUAAAACAGUGCAACGUUUCAGUGGCAGCAGAUAUUGGAUACAAAUGUUGACAAAUUAUCACACAGAUUUCCAGGACGAACCCCCAUUACACAAAUAAUCCAAAUGUUACGAUGACAAUGUAUUUCAUGAGCAUUCAUAGCAUUCACUGAGCACUUCUCACUCUUAGUAAGGCAUGGAAGCGUUUGACUGUUUACAAAGUCAGCCAAACAACCAGUAAACAAUGCUCUAUAGCAAAGAGGCCUGUUCUCCCUGACAGCAGAACUCAUGCAAUAACCCUUUCAAAUUUGGUCUGAAUCUGUUUGUAUUUGGAUAAUAAUAAUCACAUUAAAGAAGAAUUAUUAUGGUUGAAGGUAUCAUGUUUCCCUGUAAGAUGUAUGAGCACAACUAUCAAGUCCAUGUGCAUGUUUUAUUUUGGAGUAUGACUUUCAGAUCUGGGUACAAUUUGAAUGUGUUGAGGUGAAUGUUUUUUGUUUUUGUUUGAAAUAAAAGGGUUGUUGUAAAUUGUUAUAUUCAACCAGCUGAUAAUGAAAGUGGGAAAGAUAAUAUAUCAACAUCAAGGGACUGUUGUUGAAGGAUAUCAAUUAGCUCUGAUUUGUGUUAUUGUCAAUCAAAGCAAUAUUGUCUUAUUAUGAAAAUAAGUCUUUAUGUAAAUGUAUGAAGGAUUCUUUUGCCUUUAAUUAACAACAUGGAGGAAUUAUUAGGUCUUCCAGUCGGACGAAAGGAGGGUUGUGAGAACUCCUUCUGAACUUAACAACUGAAUAACAAGCUAAACAAUUAAUGGUUUUCCUAAAAUUAAAUGAUGUAAACGCUUGGUAAAAGAUAAAUCUAAGGAAUCAUUUGAUUUCCCUGUUUGCUAUUACCUCUGAUUAUGUUGGACAACAUAUUUUUCUAUGUUGUUGUUUUCCUCUGUAUUUGCAGUUUGCAGAGUGUAUGUAAAAAAUAUGUGUGAUGUCUGUCUAAGAAAUCACAUUGAUGCUUGUUAGAUCACAAUAAAUCCCUCAAAAUGAGGACAAACCAAAUGA